AAGACACUUGGUGGCAUUGGUAGAUUACUGUAUGAUGCGAAAAGUAGAAAAUAAGAGUAGAGAGGAGAGAUCAGAGAUUGAAAGAGAGAGAGAGAAAGAAAAGAGAAGAGAAAUAAGAAAUGUCUUCAUUGUGUGUGUCUUCUUCAGCAGCAACAGCAAUUGCAACUCUAUCUUCAGCUUCUCUCUCUCGCUCAUCGUCGCCAUCGCUAUCCUAUUCCUACACCUUCAAUCCCCUUAGGUAUUCGAUCGGUCGCUGCGGAAUCAGAAGCACGGUGAAAUCCAAGACCAGCAACACAAACGCAGGGUUUCGUGUGUCUUGCUAUGCUCCUGCUCCUCUCACCCCUCCUAAUUUGCAAUGGAUCUCUACUGUUUCCUCCGUGGUUUUAAUAUUGGCAAAGGGCACUGCCGUCCCGAAGUCAUAUAUUGUUCCGUUGUUUGCAUUGCAAGCACCUGCUGGUGUCGUUGCCUGGAUAAAAGGUAGAUAUGGUGUGUGGGCAGCAUUCUUGGCACUUCUGGUUCGUCUCUUCUUCUAUAUUCCUGGUGAGCUUGAGUUGCCAUUUCUGGCAUUACUCUUGGUGAUGGUGGCCCCUUAUGAGGCUAUGAAAUUAAGGGACACAAAAGAAGGUGCAAUAAUUUCAGUAUUGAUUGCAGCGUAUUUGGCUUUCCAGCAUUUCUCAAGAACAAGCUUACGGCAAUCAUUUGACCAAGGUUCAAUUGUUGCCACCUUAGCUGUCAUUUGUAUCACUCUUUCAUCUUUGCUACUUCUAAUCUGAGUUGAUCUUGAAAUGAUAAACACUUACAGUAUGUUGUAUAUAAAAAUAAUACUUGUUGGAAUGAUGAUAUAUUUCAGGGUAAAAAAUGAUAUGGAUUAUGUUAGAUACUCAAUCUUGUACUUUUUACUUGUUAAUUCAAAUAAUGAAGUUAAAAUUUGUUUUCG